UGCUCUCAAAUUUGUAGGUUAGAAUUUAGAAUAAUAAAUUAAAAGUUUUUUUUUGUCUCAUAAAUUAAAAUAAAAGUUGACAAAAAUGGAUACUGACGUAGAGCUGCCGAGUUGUAUACAAGCUAGAUUCAUAUCAGAUUUAGGGGAAGAAACGGGAAGCCCUUUAGAUUUACCCCUAAAUAUAACCAAAGAUCAACUAACACUAAUUUGCAAUGCAUUAUUAAAAGAGGAGGACAAGCCAUUUUUAUUUUUUGUAAAAGAUGUAGAAAUCACCUCUACUUUACAAGAUUCUCUUGACAUUUCAAAAUUGAACUCUGAAGAAGUUGUAGAAAUUAUAUACCAACAACAAGCUGUUUUCAAAGUAAGGCCUGUCACUAGGUGUACUAGUUCAAUACCUGGCCAUGCAGAGGCUGUUAUCUCAACAAGUUUCAGUCCAUCGGGCAAACAUUUAGCAAGUGGUUCUGGUGACACUACUGUAAGAUUUUGGGACUUAAGCACACAAACUCCACAACAUGUUUGUAAAGGUCAUUCUAAUUGGGUUUUAUGUAUCAGUUGGUCCCCUGAUGGCCUAAAGUUAGCCUCAGCAUGUAAACAAGGCAGAAUAAUAGUAUGGGAUCCCAUCACUGGAAAUCAAGUGGGAAAAGUGAUGAUGGGACACAAACAAUGGGUUACAGCAUUAGCAUGGGAACCAUAUCUAAGUAAUCCGGAGUGCAGAAAGUUAGCCAGCUCCUCAAAGGACGGAGACGUAAGAAUAUGGGACACAGUAAUGGGCAUUACUGUUCUCAGUUUAACAGGGCAUACAAAAGCUGUUACAUGUGUAAAGUGGGGUGGCGCAGGCCUGAUCUACACAUCAUCACAGGACAGAACCAUUAAAGUUUGGAGAGCCAGUGAUGGUAUUCUCUGUCGGACUCUAGAAGGCCACGCUCAUUGGGUCAACACUCUGGCACUCAGCACAGACUAUGUCCUAAGAACUGGUCCUUUUCAUUCAAUAUUAGACAGAUUAGAUGCGACUACUGAUAAAAAAGUACUACAGCAGAGAGCCUUAGAAAGGUAUGAGCAAACAUGUCCACAAGGCGUGGAGAGGCUGGUGUCAGGGUCUGAUGAUUUUACCUUGUUCCUGUGGAUUCCAAACAAGGAAAAGCGUCCCUUAGCCAGAAUGACUGGUCAUCAACAACUCAUUAAUGACGUAAGAUUCUCCCCAGAUUCAAGGCUAAUUGCAUCAGCAUCAUUUGACAAAUCAGUCAAGCUAUGGGAAUCAUCCACAGGAAAGUUUAUAACAACCCUGAGAGGUCAUGUGCAAGCUGUAUAUAUGGUGGCAUGGUCCGCUGACUCCAGACUCCUGUUGAGCUCUAGUGCUGAUUCCACCUUAAAAGUAUGGAACAUGAAAACAAAGAAAUUGGAGUUAGAUUUACCAGGGCAUGCUGAUGAAGUAUAUGCUGUUGACUGGUCUCCCGAUGGAAACUAUGUAGCUUCAGGUGGAAAGGACAAAGUAUUGAAAUUAUGGCAACACUGAGAUGGGACAGCAUUUAAUUCAAGUAUUUUAUAAAAUAAAUAUAGAAGGGCUGACUUA